GGUGUGGCCGGGUCUCUCACAGUCCACCUCCACAUCACAACACUACCAACAGCAGCAGCUGCAAGAGCAAUAUAACAGCAGUGGGAGCAGCAACACUCGUCACAAUGAAGAGAGCAGCGAUUGUGGCUCUUGCCUUUGUUGCAUUGAUGGCGAAGGUCUCUGGUCAAGCCGGGUGUCCUGACGGGUACAUCAACUUCAGCACGGAUUCGGCGACGCUCUUGUGCUUGAAGUUCGUCACCUACGCGAAGGGCACGUAUGACAGCCUGAGAGCCAUGUGCCAGGCUAUGCCAAACGGUGACCUGGCCCAGCUACAGCUAAACUGUGACCUGCACCACCGGGUCUACGAGUACAUCAUACAGCACGCAGAUCUUAAGGGUGAAAAUUUCUGGAUCGGAGGAAGUGACGCCGGCCACGAAGGAAUCUGGAAGUGGGUGAACGGGGAGGAGAUGGAGAUGGGGGUCCCUCACUGGUACCCGGGCCAGCCUGACGGAGAAUACGACGAGAACUACGCCUGCCUCGCAGCCCCCGACUACUUCUACCACAGCUGUAAUAACAAUAACUACAUCUACGCCAUCUGUCACAGCAUCAUCUAGCUCCCAAGACUGCUUGUACACCAUUGGAAAUUGGUCAGAAUUGUAUACAUUUAGGAACUCCGAAGAUCUAAGGGGAAGAUUAUCGGGGUGCUAAAAUGGACUCGAAUCCGCAUCCCUUGACGACCGAGGCGCCUGUACUAACUACUGAACCAUACUUCUUGUGCCUGGGAGUCGAAGGAAGUGGGUUCGAUCCCAUUGUAAUGCCUCAAUAUUGUUUCCCAACCACUUGGGGCCGGACGGUAGAGCGACGGUCUCGCUUCAUGCAAGUCGGCGUUCAAUCCGACCGUCCAAGUGAUUGGGCACCAUUCCUCCCCCUCGUCCCAUUCCAAAUCCUUAUCCUGACCCUUUCCCAGUGCAAUAUAGUCGUAGUGGCUUGGCCCUUUCCCCUGAUAAUUCCCUCCCUCCUAUCCAUUGGUCACACUAUUAAAGACCUUCGCCCAGAUCAACGUCACGAACGUCGUACCAACGCAACACUUGGGGACUGUGGUCACCUGGUACAGGCAUGACGUGCUGGCGCUCCUUGAUAGAAAGAACCAAGUUUACCGAACUGUAAAAAAUAUUCUGGUGAUUAAUAUGUAUUAAUCAUAUCUAUUACUGCAAAACCACGCAGGCAUAAUAACUUGGCUACUUAUUUCACUAUAAUUUAUAUUAUAAAACACCAAAGAGGAAAAAAAAAAUAAUUAAUGUUUUAGACAAUUAGGUGCAAAUAAAGAAAACAUCAAUA